GCGUUGAAGUAUUCUAUCAUGGACAUUGGGGAACAAUCUGUGAUGAUGGUUGGGACAUGAGAGAUGCUAGGGUUGUUUGUCGUCAACUUGGUUAUGAUCUAGAUCAUUCAUAUGCUAGGACACUUCCACGGUACCUUGUUCCUCCCGGUACAGGACAAAUAUGGUUCUCUUACGUUUCUUGCACUGGGGAAGAACAGGACUUAACAAGGUGUUCUCAUAAUGCUUUGGCAAACGAUUUUUGUUCUCACUCUCAUGAUGCUGGUGUAGAAUGUACUUCAAAAGCUGUAAUGGUAAGGUUGCGAGGACCAUCAAGUUCGAAUGGUACUGGUCGGGUUGAGAGGACCAUCAAGUUCGAAUGGUACUGGUCGUGUUGAAGUAUUCUAUCAUGGACAAUGGGGAACAAUCUGUGAUAAUGGAUGGGAUUUGAGAAAUGCCAGGGUUGUAUGUCGUCAACUUGGGUAUCCAGAUGCUGCUAAGGCCCUUAAAGGAGACCAGGUACCCUCUGGUUCUGGAAAGACAUUGUUACCUUCUCUUUACUGCACUGGAAAAGAAAACAAUAUUCUGCACUGUCCUCCUAAAAAUCGGAGGAUUUAUUCCUGCUCUGAUUCUAGCAGUGCCGGAGUUCAAUGUUCAACAAAAGAUUUUUCAACCACACCUGUGCUGGUCAGAUUGCAAGGACGGCUGAGUGCAAAUGGUACUGGUCGUGUUGAAGUAUUUUAUCAUGGACAUUGGGGAACAAUCUGUGAUCGUGUUUGGGAUAUGAGAGAUGCUAGGGUUGUAUGUCGACAACUUGGGUAUGCAAAUGUUGUUAGAAAUCUUGAAAGGCACCAGGUUCCCUCUGGCUCUGGACAGAUAUGGUUAUCUCCCGUCGCUUGUACUGGAAUAGAGCAGAAUAUUAUAAGUUGUUCUCAUAAUUUUUGGAGGAAGAAUGAUUGCUCCCAUAAUUACGACGUCGGAGUAGAAUGUUCCUCAACAGCUAUAACUGCGCCCGUCAGGUUACAAGGACCAUUAAGUGACGAUGGUAUUGGUCGUGUCGAGGUAUUCUACAAUGGAACAUGCGGAACAAUCUGUGACUACGAUUGGGAUUUAAGAGAUGCCGGGGUGGUGUGUCGUCAACUUGGUUAUCCAUUUGCUUCAAGGGCCUUCCGAGGGAGAUCGAGCCACGUUCCUUCUGGUUCAGGAAAGAUAUGGUUAAGCAAUUUCCAAUGUACUGGAUCGGAGCGUAGUAUUGCCAGUUGUGUUAAUAGAGGUUGGGGUGUUACUUAUUGCUCACAUUCAACAGACGUGGGAGUUGAAUGUAGUACAACAGAUUUUACAACUACACCUGUGUCGCUAAGGUUACAAGGACCAUCAAGUGAAAAAGGGACAGGUCGUGUUGAAGUGAUGUAUCAUGGAUAUUGGGGUACAAUCUGUGAUUAUUCAUGGGAUUUGAGAGAUGCUAGGGUUGUAUGCCAUCAACUUGGCUAUCUGGACGCUGUCAGAACUCUUCAAAGAGACGAAGUCCCUGCAGGUUCUGGGCAAAUCCUUUUGAGAUAUAUCCAUUGUACAGGGGAAGAGCACAAUAUAACAAGUUGUUCCCAUAGUUCUUGGGGAGUCAGUGGUAAUUGCCCCCAUUAUGACAACGCUGGUGUUCAAUGUUCCACAACAGUUAUAGCCGCGCCAAUUAGGUUACAAGGGCUAUCACGUAAAGAAGGUAUUGGUCGUGUUGAAUUAUUCUACAAUGGACAAUGGGGAACAAUUUGUGAUACAGAUUGGGAUUUUAAAGAUGCUAGGGUUGUAUGUCGUCAACUUGGUUAUCCUGAUGCUGUUAAAACUCUUAAAAGGAAGCAAUUGGUUCCUCCUGGCUCAGGAAAAAUAUGGUUGACCAAUGUUCGUUGUACUGGGAAAGAAAAAAAUAUUACAAGUUGUUUUCAUCGAGGUUGGGGGAAUGCUGAUCGAUCUUGCUCUCAUUCUCGUGACGCUGGGGUUGAAUGUUCCAUGACAGGUAAUAAUAUUUAA